AUGCACGCGGGCGGGGAGCUGGGCGCCGCGGCGGGCGGCUCGCUGCUGCUGUGCGCCGCGCUGCUGGCGGUGGGCUGCGCGCUGGGCCUGCGCCUGGGCCGGGGACGGGGGGCGGCGGACCGCGCGUUGCUCGCCUGGCUCUGCUUCAACGCCCUGGUGCAUUUCGCGCUGGAAGGCCCUUAUGUCUACUUGUCUAUGGUGGGAAGCAUCACAGACUCAGAUGCCUUGAUCGCUUCAUUGUGGAAAGAAUAUGGCAAAGCUGAUGCAAGAUGGCUUUAUUUUGAUCCAACCAUCGUGUCUGUGGAAAUUCUGACCGUCAUCCUGGGUGGAUCUCUGGCACUGGUCCUUGUUUAUGCCAUCGUCAAAGAGAAACAUUAUCGGCAUUUCGUACAGAUUACCCUGUGCGUGUGUGAAUUGUAUGGCGGGUGGAUGACCUUCUGCCCAGACUGGCUUAUGGGAAGCCCCAACCUCAACACCAACAGCUGGCUCUACUUUUGGGUCUAUCUGGUAUUUUUCAAUGGUGUUUGGGUUCUGAUCCCAGGACUGUUACUGUGGCAGUCAUGGGUAGAACUCAAGAAAAUGCAUCACAGAGGAUCUAAUUCAUGCAAAAAGUUUCAGUGA